CUGCGAACAUCGAUCGCAACGCCUCUAGUGGCUACUAAAGAAAUAAAAAGUGACACAAAAUGAUCCAUCUCCACCUCUGAAGUUCCAGACCUGUACAUAAGACCGUGGGUGUGACCACUUUGCGGCCUGCGGGCCCGGAGAAUUGCAGAGGUUUGACAUUAUCGACCAACUUUGAUUGCACUGAGAGAUUUGACUGACUUCAAUCUACCAAGUUAAAUUAUUUUGUCGAUAAUAAAUUUAUGUGUACGAUAUUAAUUGGUGAUAUUUUAGAAUUGUAUAUUUAAUUAUUACUUAAUUAUUUUCAACGUUCAGUUUGGGUUAUUGUUUUUGUAUUUGGACCACAAUACUUCUGAGAGGGCACUACAGCAGCAACUUGGAGUGGUGGAGGUCGAGAUUGUCAGGUGGCACCUGUCAGAUGCUCCAGUGUGGUUAUGACAGGUUAUGACAUAUUACAGUUAGCAGCAAAAUAAUUUAAAAAUGGAUGAAAUCUCCAGCUGGGAAGAAAUAGAAAAUGAUCAAUUCUUCAAGCAACUACUGGACGUCGACUCUAAAAAGACUGACGUCAAUUCGUUGUUAUCGGUAGCCCAACAGUUAAAUAAGUUGGGACAAGCUAUCACAGUGUUGAAUACAGAGUUGCAAAGGCAGGUGCUUGCCAAUCAUGAGGAUUUGCUGUCUCAAGCAACGUGGGUCGAGAAAUUGGAAGGGGUACUCUUUGUAAUGCAAUCUCACAUACAGAGCCUCUUAUCAGCAGUUGAGCGCUUACGUGGGAAAAUUGUUGACCCGUUUAACAGGAUCGAGAUGCAGACGAUUGUACUGGCACGGCUGCACGAGACGUCUGAUCUGCUGCGAAGAGUCGCUAGAAUGCAACAUUUGUCAAAGCGUUUGAAUUCUCAAAUGAACAGCAUCAAUCAGGGGCCAGAUAUCGUCAAAGCGGCCAACAGUCUGCAUGAACUUGAACAAUUAAUGGCAGACACAGAUCUUAACGGGCUGGAUGUGAUCGCUGACGACCAACAGGCUGUAAAAGCUCAGAGAGCCACUGUGCAGAGGAUAGCCACUCAUACGUUAACGCAGGGUUUGCAGGCAAUGGACAGGACAAAGGUGAGCACAGCGGUGCAGGUCUUCCAGAAUCUGGGAAUAAUAAAGGAAGCCGUUGACACAACCAUAGAAUCCACUCUGGCUGAGAUAGAGAAGAUCUCCAGAGAAUCGUUGGACGUGUCUCUGGCAAUGAAUCAAGAUUUCGGGAAACGCGGGGCGCCGGGAAGGGCCGCGAUUCCGUCGCCCGGGUCGUCCGGGAAUUUGCGCGUGAGAAUCUGGGAAAAUCUCGAACGCCUUUUCCAGGAUACCCUGUACACGCAAUGUUUGCAGAUCGAGUUGCUACAAAGGAUAUUGUUGGAACAUCAUACUAAAGGAUUUCAAGAUUUGUCGGAGAAGUUUUGGGACAAGGUGAAUGUCCUCCUCGCGAAAGUCCUGAUUGAACGUGCUCAAGGCUCGUCAUUCGUAAAGCAAGCGCUGGAAGGAGAAUAUCCAAAGGUUUUAAGAAUAUUCUUGGACUUGAGUAAACGUCUGAAAGAAAGAUCUCACAAUAUCGGAAUUUAUAGUAUCGAUCACAAUGUUUUAUUGCCGUUUAAAAAUGCGUAUCUGUCGCGCUCGGUGUCUCGACUGCUGGAUCCGGUACACAAUAUGUUUCCCGGAGAGAGAUUGCCGACGCACGACGAAAUUGAUAGUCUCAUUCGUACGAUUACCAAUGAAUUAAGCGUGUCACUGGUGGACGACGGACUCUCUACUGUCGUCUCGCACAACGUGGGAAAAGCGAUAAGAUUGUUCUGUUUAAAAUGCGAGCAAAAUAUGGUCGCCGGCGCUGAGGCUAGUCAAGUGAUCGAUUCACCUACUGCUGGCCAGCAAACGAACGUCACGCUCGCAAAUUUGCUGCAUUAUUUUUCCAGCCAGACAAAUCGCGUGAUAGUAAACCUGGCGGGGGGAUUGCCCUCCGAGGGUAGUCUCAUGAUCACCUCGGUACUCAAAGAGACGGACGUAUUCACGGAGACCUGUUUACUUGUACCAUUGCUGAGCUCGAUUAACGACGCAAUUGAGAGCAUCAUUCUAACGAUGCACGACGACCCCGAAUUUAGAGACACGAGCAGCCCUUUGGGAAAAGAGAUCGGCUGUUCGCUCUACAUGCGUGAGCUACAAGGCUUUAUUCUACGGUCCGUGAAUACGUUUUUGCUGCCGUACAAGAAUCAAGCGGUUGUAGCCGAAAGUUGCAAAACUGUCGCAUCGAGGUGCAUAGAACUAUUCGUUCGCCACGCCUGCUUACUCAGACCCCUGACUGAUUUUGGGAGGGCAAAACUUUUGGUGGAUUUCGCUCAGAUGGAGAUCGCUGUAAUGCCAUUAUGUCGCGGUGGUCACAUGAGUCUGCUCGAGCAACAGCAGUACAGAACCUUACGAGCGCUGAAGACUUUCCUUCCUCUCGGUCCCGAGGAAAUGGUGGAAAAAGUUUUGGAAGGACAGGGAGAGAGCAGCGUACCACCGUCUCUCAUUCUUCUGCAUCUGUUUUCCGGGGCACCGCCCGAGCUCGCAUCACCACAUCAGAGCGCCGGUUGGUCUGUCGGACGACUAUCUCAGUGGAUGGACGGUCAUCCGAGUGAGAGGGACAGAUUGGCGCUAUGCAGCGGGCCACUGGAGCGUUAUCAGCUAACGAUCCGACAGCAAAAUCUACCAUCGUUCCACUCUCUAUUUCCGCAGAUGAUGAAACUGGCCAAUUUAAAGGAACAUUCAAGUCAAUGAAGAUACAUGUUAAAUGCUAUGAAAUUGUAUAUAUUUCCUGCUUCGUAUAAAAAUAUUUUUCGGAAUUUAUAUUUAAAGCUAUACAAGAGACGAGCGUAACUCAGUCAUGGUUUUUACAGUUACUCGGGUUUAACGACGCUAAUAACCGCUGUAAACGCCUUCGAAAAAAAA